AUGGAGUCAGAAAUGAUGCUUUCAAGCUUCUGGAUCAUCAUCCCUCCUCCAAGGCCUGGAAAUGGAGCUCCUGGUCACAUCCCCACCUUGGAGCUCCACACAAGAGCCCUAGGUUGGGCGGCAGUUCCAGCCACAUCGGCUCGCGGUUCCCGGCCACCUGACGGCACAACCGCGGGCCGACAUUGCCGCCGCCCAGGCGGCGCUGUUGAGCGCGGUUCCCCGAAGCAGCGGCGCUGCCCGGCUUUGCCCACCGCACUCCGGGCUCCUGGCCCCCGACUCGGCGCUGAGGACAGGACCCCACCGCCCACUCUGCAGCAGCCUGGCACUGCACGAUAUCCAGGACGCCUUCCAACUCCAGAGCAAAUUUUUGAGAACAUAAAGCAAGAAUAUAGUCAUUAUCAGAAGUGGAGUCAUUCAGAAGUUGUUCUUAAUCAGAGUAAAGCUUACGUUUCCGAAAGUCGUUCUCCCUCCUCGGCACACCCAGCACCUAGUUCUCCAGGUUCCUCCUGGAUGAAGAACGACCAGUCCCCCUUUACUCUCCAACAAAUUGGAAUAAUAUGUGGGCAUCUCUUAAAAGACUAGAAAGAUCAUAUCUGGGAGGGGUAAAUCCUCUACACCUAACUAGCAGAAUGGUAUGAAUCUUCUGU